AGCCGGCGUGACUUUCAGGUUGACAUCGACGCGCAUCGUCACGGGAACGGGAACCGGAACCUCAGCCCUCGCUGCACACACACUCACGCUGACAUGCAGCUAUGGAGAGCGGGUUUGGUUCUCAGUCGGCGAGACUUGCAGAAAACAGGAAAUGCGGCGUUGAAACAGGUGUUGGCCAGCAGCCGGCGCACGUGCUGCUCCGGAACCCUCCCGAACCGGCGGAUCCGAAACAUCGGCAUCUCCGCGCACAUCGACUCCGGGAAGACCACGUUAACGGAGCGCGUGCUGUACUACACGGGGAGAAUAGCCGAGAUGCAUGAGGUGAAGGGGAAGGAUGGAGUUGGAGCCGUGAUGGACUCCAUGGAUUUGGAGAGACAGCGGGGAAUUACUAUCCAAUCCGCUGCCACCUACACUGUGUGGAAGCAGCACAACAUCAACAUCAUCGAUACACCCGGUCACGUGGACUUCACCAUCGAGGUGGAGCGGGCCCUCCGUGUGCUGGACGGGGCCGUGCUGGUGCUAUGUGCCGUGGGCGGCGUGCAGUGUCAGACGAUGACCGUCAACAGACAGAUGAAGCGCUACAACGUUCCCUUCCUCACCUUCAUCAACAAGCUGGACCGCUCGGGGGCGAACCCGCAGCGUGCCCUCAUGCAGCUCAGGACUAAACUGAAUCAAAAUGCAGCGUUCGUCAACAUCCCCAUGGGCCUGGAAGGAAAUCUACGUGGUGUCGUCGACCUCAUUGAGGAACGCAGCGUGUACUUCGAUGGGCCUUGUGGGCAGAGCGUGCGUUUCGAUGAGGUCCCAGCAGAGAUGCGUGCGGAGGUGGCUGAGCGUAGGCACGAGCUGGUGGAGUGUGUGGCCAACGCAGACGAGACCCUCGGGGAGAUGUUCCUGGAAGAGCAGGUGCCCACGGUGGCUGACCUCAAGGUGGCCAUGCGCCGGGCCACCAUCCAGCGGACCUUCUCUCCUGUGCUGGUGGGCAGCGCUCUGAAAAACAAAGGUGUCCAGCCUCUGCUGGAUGCUGUGCUGGAGUACCUACCUGACCCCACCGAGGUCAACAACUACGCCAUCCUCAAUGAAGAGGAGGUGAGUAGCACCAGUAAAAUUCCAAUGGACCCGACCAGAGACGACACAAAACCGUUUGUGGGUUUGGCCUUCAAACUAGAGGCUGGGCGCUUUGGUCAGCUGACCUACGUGCGUGUGUAUCAGGGCUGUCUGAAGAAGUCAGAGAACAUCUACAACACUCGCACCGGCAAGAAGGUGCGUGUGCAGAGACUGGUGCGCCUGCACGCCAGCCAGAUGGAGGACGUGGAGGAGGUGUACGCUGGAGAUAUCUGCGCCCUGUUCGGGAUCGACUGUGCCAGCGGGGACACGUUCACAGCUCGGACCGGCAGUAAUCUCUCCAUGGAAUCCAUCCAUGUUCCUGACCCGGUCAUCUCCAUGUCCAUGAAACCAGUUAACAAGAAUGACACGGAAAAGUUCUCCAAAGGCAUCAGCCGCUUCACCAGGGAGGACCCAACCUUCCGCGUGCACUUUGACCCCGAGAGCAGGGAGACCAUCGUCUCUGGCAUGGGAGAGCUGCACCUGGAGGUCUACACACAGAGGAUGGAAAGGGAGUAUAACUGCCCAUGUGUGAUGGGGAAACCCAAAGUUGCAUUCCGGGAGACGGUGACCAGCCCUGUAUCAUUUGACUUCACCCACAAGAAGCAGUCCGGAGGAUCCGGCCAGUACGGUAAAGUUAUAGGCUUUGUGGAACCCCUGGAUGCGGAAAAUUACACCAAGCAGGAGUUUGCUGACCACACGAUUGGCACCAACAUUCCCAAGCAGUUUGUUCCUGCUGUUGAGAGGGGCUUCAGAGAGUGCUGCGAGAAGGGCCCACUGAUCGCUCAGAAGAUCUCUGGUGUGCGCUUCGUCCUGGAAGAUGGCGCGCACCACAUGGUCGACUCCAACGAGAUCUCCUUCAUUCGAGCAGGAGAAGGCGCCAUGAAGCAGGCUAUGGAGAAUGCUAAUGUGGUCAUUCUCGAGCCAAUCAUGUCUGUCGAGAUUGUCGCUCCUGAUGAAUUCCAGGGGGCCGUUAUUGCCGGGGUCAACCGUCGCCACGGCGUUGUGACUGGUCAGGAUGGGACAGAGGGCUACUUCACACUGUAUGCUGAUGUUCCUCUUAACGACAUGUUUGGGUAUUCCACGGAGCUGCGCUCUUGCACAGAGGGGAAAGGAGAGUACACUAUGGAGUAUAGCAGGUAUCAGCCCUGUCUGCCUACUGUGCAAGAAGACCUUGUUAAUAAGUACCUGGAGGCAACAGGCCAGCUGCCUGUGAAGAAAGGCAAAUGGAAGAACUGACAUGUACACGGACACACCACACACACACACACACACACACACCACACACACACACACCACACACACACACACCACAC